AUGCCUGUCUCUCUUGGUCCAUCGCGUGAGAUAGAAGAGAUGCGAAUGGCUCUCGAACAGGAACGAUCCGAGAAAGAUCGCCAACUCCGGUCCUACGCAGAUUUGCACAACGAGCAUGGCGCGCUGAAGAGGGAAAUGGAUCACAUUAGGAAGGAAAACGACUGCUUGUCACGAAAUUGUGACAACCUAAGCUCGGAGAUUCGCAAGCUGAAAUUGGCUGAACAGGCGCAGAGGGCUACGGUAAAGGACCUGAUGACUACGGUAGAAGAGCAGACGAAGAAUAUCCAAGCAAAAGAGAUCGAGAUCGCCAAGUUGCACAACACCAUCGAGGUGGAGACACUUUUACACUACAAUCGUGAGCUUCAGGAGAAGGCAUUGACCGAGAAGAACGUAGCACAUCUGGAGCAGAAGCAGUUCCAGGAACGUCUCUCCGCCCUGCAGCGGCAUAAGGAGAAACUUGAAGAGAAAAUUAUGGAUCAAUAUCGAUCGAUGGAGAGUAAGAAAAUCGCUGAACGUCAAAAGCAACCACUGGUGAAGCGUGCCGCCAAAGCAUUGAUAAGCAGGGUGAGUUAA